UGGACAUUGAAGACGGCCUCCGAUGCCGCAUCUUGCCCUUGUGAGGAGGAUACAUUGUCAAAUGAACUCGGGACCUUAUGGCAGGAGGGAAACUGCAAACUUGAAUCAAGACUUCCAAGCCGGUGGCAACAUUUGGUUGAUUGCAUCACUCAAGACAACCUCCAUCAAGGGCACUUUGAGGGCUUUGAACCGACUAGACUGGGCCUCCAGAUUGUAUCCUCCGAAGUCUGGCUAACCACAAACAGGGAGGACUUGGACUACAGAAAGGCGGCCAUUUUGACGCUCUCAAGAACAGAUUCAGCCCACAUCCGUCAUAGCCUAGCCGGUACCUGCGACUCGAAUUUGGCAGUUAGUGUGCUCCCUCAGUCAAACAAAGUACACCAACCAUCUUGGGCACCGGCAUCUUUGCUCAAAGAGUCAGCUGACAUGUCUGUCUGGACUAUCCCGAAUUUGAGUCCUGCGACUGAGAGCCGUGCGUGCUUGGGCCUGGUAACAUGUGGAGCCUUCUACCGACGAACUAUCACAGCCUUUUGCUGCCUCAACGACCGGGGCACCGAGGCCUCUGGCCAACUGGAAGGGUCCCUCGGGGGUCCCAGUGCUGGGGCCACCGGCUUGCCUGCACCAGCGCCUGAUUGGAGGAGAGCGGAGAUGGCUGAGCGACUGCUUCCUUCAGGCCUGUCGGCAACAAAGGAGGUCUGGCUUGCCUGGUUGGUGACCGUCUUGAUGACUCUAUUGGCUGUUUCGGUUGUCAAGGCGGCUGUAUUCGGCCUCACGGAAGGUGAUCUGGCUAGUCUGGCCGGUGCAGGAAUGAGUGUUUUAGUGGGAAGUGGACUGGUCACCUAUCAGGUCUACUCUGCAAGGCUGGAGGGGCCCGAGUGA